AUGGCUUAUUGCUUACUUGGUUCUCGGGCAGAAGGCUACUUUGUGCUUAUCUUAUCGGCAUUUUUAUUUUUGGUUCAUGCUCAGAAGCGUAAGAAUGGCUACUCGUGGUUGGAAAAAUCCCAGUCUUUUUUAAAGGAGAACCCAUUGGGAAACUCGUAUGCUGCAAUAUUUCACUGGGUUUUGGUUCCAGCUAAUGCUAUGGUCAUUGCUGGAGGCUCCAUGCUCACGGGAAUCGAGAAUUAUGAUGCAGAAAGAAAGAAGGUCAGGAUAUCCAAGGGAUUGAGGACCACUGGUCAGUCCUUGUUCCUUUCCUUGACCAUAAUCAUCCUUCUUCUUGGAUUGAAUGCCUUCAAAAAGGAGAAGGUUCGAAACCACUUCAACAUCACGAUUCUCCUCGCCUCUCCAUUCCUAAUCGUCAGAGGUGUCUUUGGUAUUCUAUCCAUCUACAUCGAGAACAUGAACUACUACCAGCUUUCCAACUACAGCGGUGCAGGCAUCAACCAUAUGUUGGUGAUAUACGAGUACGUGCUUUCCACCACUAUGGAGUUUGCAGCCUCCAUAUUCAUUGUCAGUAACUUCUUUUUGGAAAAACAAGCAGAUAGGGACGCUGACAAAGAUGAAGAGAAGCAGAAGAAGAAAAAGAAGAGGGACCUGGACGACGAGAGUUCCGAUGACAGUCUUGUUCGACAAGACCUGAAGAAUCUGAAUAAUCUGGGUGCCGGCAGUAUGGAUGACGAUCUCGAUGACGACGACAGCGGCACAUUAUGGGGAUUGCUAGGUUAA